GUUCCAAUUAAACAAGUUUCUGCUGUCACAGGUGACAGGCCCAGUUUUACAAGACUCCCUGGCCUCCGCCCAAAAGCCAACGGCGCAGGUGAAAUGAGGAACAAGGACCCGGGAGCACCUCAGUGUGCCUUUACCAAGAGUUAUUAACCUGUAGACGACCCGCGUUCAGUAUUCUCUACCUCCAUGGCACUUUACAGGGAUGAGAGCCAAGAAGACGCCGAGUGCCCCGUGUGCUACGAGAGUCUUUCGGGGAGCGAGCGGACUUUAAGCUGCGGCCAUGUAUUUUGUCACGACUGCUUGGUCAAAACGCUGGUCAGCAUCAACAGCGACGGAGUCAUCAGGGACAAGAUUGCCUGCCCCAUCUGCCGACAUCUGACAUUCAUCAAGAGGCAAAGGGACGCGCUGGUGUCACUCGCAGCGACCAAGGGUCCAGAUGAGGGACAGACGCUGGAGGUGCCUCUUCCCCCAACGCCGCCGCAGCUCCGGAGCGCACAGCGCGCCUCCGGGGACAGUGCGCUGAGCCCAGUUCACGGGACAGUCCACUGCUGCUGCCGGAGUAUCUUUCCAGGCGUCCGUCGGGAGAGGUUAAUCGGCCGCAACCACAACGCGUGUCAGAUCUUCAUCAUCAGCGCCCAGGGGCGACCGAUGGCCGAGGAGGACGCGCGCGACGUUGUGAUGACCGUGCUCCAUCACCAGCCUCAGCGCAGAGGAAGACGCAGGGUUUGCAGCAUGGCGCGCUGCUUACUCUGCUUGCUGUCGGCGUUUACUGUUCUGGCACUGGUGGCCGCGACUUUACCGUGGAUUUUAUUGGCAUGAGUGCAACUAAUGACGCUUGUAGAACAGAGGUCGAUCAAAGCGACUUUUCAAGACACUUGUUCCAUGGAAAGUCAGCUCUGUCAUUCAUUUGUUUGUGAUCUGUUCCCCGUACGGGAUGUGGAUUUGACUGAUCAGCAUCACAUGUAUGAGCUAUGUUAAAGUAUUCAGUGGGAGUCACGUUAGGCUGUGGUUUCAGACAAAAUCUGUCAUUUGUCUCCUUGACUGAAAUGACCAAUAAAACAUAAGCGUUUACUGGCAUACAAAGUGUAUUACCAAGCCACAGUCUAAAAUAAAGCAUCGCCUUAACAACAGGAUUAAUUAGGCGACAAAUUCAUGCGUCUUGUUUUGCCAGUAUUUAAACCGUAACUCGCCAAACAAAUCUUCCCAUAAAUCAGAAAGUUGUUAAAGAAGUCCAGUGUUGUGGCAGCUGUUGCUGUCGACUGCCUUGUUUUCAAGCAGCAGGCUGCUGGUUUCAGGCCAAACCUGUAGAGACACAGCCUCUUACAAACAAACGCACUCCCUGUACAUUUUCACACGUAUUUUCUCCAUGUCACAACCACCAUGUGCUUUACUGGGACUUUAUGCGACUGACUGACAGGAACUGGCUGAUGAUUGUAAACUGAAGGGAAAGCAGAUUUAUAUUUUCACGUUUCUUUUUUAAAUCAAAUAUUUCAAAGAAACAUCUAUUGCUUUUCUUUGAAACACAUCAAAGUUUGUGGUUGCAGCAAACUAUGACCGUGAAGCAGGGAACGUUGAGCCCUGUAUUGUUGAACUACAAGUGUUUCUGAAGGAAUGGGAGAUAGGUUUAGUAGGAUUUGGAGAGACGAGAGCAGUUUGUGUAAAAACAACUGGUAAGAAUCCUUUAACCAGUUGCUUAAAAGAGAGAAAGAGAGAGAGACACCUUUAAAGGAUCUGUUAGAAAUAAUUCAUGCACCGAUGGCAGCCCCAAGGAGAUGAGCUGUGCCUGUUUACUGUAAGGAGAGACACUGCUUGACUGAUUAGGUUACCACAGAAAAUGUAGCAUUAGAUCAAGACUAAAGUAUAGAAAGUUAAAUGAACACUAGUCACAAAUGUAGCCAUUUAUUGCAAGAGCUGUCAUGUGCAAAAAUGUUCGCAGUUCAUUGCGCAUUUCGUGGCUGAGCUUAAGAAAUAGUUAGACUCUCCUGCUGCUUAUGAAUCACCAUCAUUUUUUUUUUUACCACGGUGUACACUCCCAUUGUUCUCCUGCUGCAAUCCUUCAACCAUCCCGCUUGGCCAGUUCCACUACUUACACACCUCAACAGCCUUCUGCUACCUAAUCACAUACUUUUCCAUGCAUGUUAGUAUAAUAAUAUAAUUAAUAAUAGUAAAAAAACAACAACUGCAGAGUAGGUGUUUGUUGAUUAAAAGAAAUAAAGCAACAAUUACCAAGUGGGAUUAUUAAAAAUGUAGAGUUUAAUAUAUAUUUAUUUCUGACAUUCUGAUAAGGAUUGCAUGUAGGCUUCACAGUACACGCUGUGUUCCACUUGUUAUGCUAAGCAGAGGACGAAGGGUUGGGCAUGGUGGGCUCAGCAAGCGGCAGAUUUAAUUUAUACAUUAGUUGUGAAAGCAGAAGGAGGCUGUACAUCCACAGGCAAUCUCCGCUCCUCCUCUAUAUUGCUCAAAAUCCCACAAAUGACCGUCCAUUGCGAUUUACAUUCUAUCACAAUCCCUUAAAAUGACAGUGCUUAACAAAAAAAAAAAACAAACAAAAAAAAAAACGUUGGUUUGAUCAAAUAUUUUCAGAGUGCAUGCAUGUCACUUUUUGUCCCUUUUCAAUUAAAACCCACACAAAAUGGAAACUUGUCUUUGCUUUAGAGCAACAUACCUAUAGUGAUUGUGUGGAAAAAGACCCACAGUCAUUAAAAAAUACCCUAAAUAAAACAACAGAACAUUGUGAGGAAAAGAAAAAAAGUUGCUUUAAGGAAUAUGCACUUGAAGAAGAUUGCUGUAAAGUUAAUGUACAGUAGCGAACAAAAAAUAGGACUCACAUUUUUAGGGAAAGUACAGAUGCUUUUUUGUCCUCUUUGUAUUAACUUAAUUUUCACACCAAUAACGAAUUGAAUGCAUGCUUCCUGGCGGCUGUAAAAUCCAGUUGUGAUGCCUUAAAGCAUUCGAGUAAUACUGCCAUGGGAUGAUAAAAAGAGAUGCCAACAGUCCCAAACUUAACAUUUGAUCCUAGCUCUUGUAUAACCUCUUGGGUGGUCUGCCAUUAAAAAA